UAUUUUAUUUUAAUACUAUAAGAAAAGAAAAAGAACUCAAUAGUCAAUUCUGAGUCUUUCUUUCCUCAAAGGCCAGGAUAAAAAGAAAAGAUCGGAUGCUUUGUCCUUGAUCAACAACAGUAAGUUAAUGCCACUGUGAUACAGGAUUCAGUCAGUGGAGUAGCAAUAAUGGAUCGUGGAAAAAGGCCAGGCCAUUCUCUUGCUGCUCGGAAUAAUAAGAUUUAUUUGGAUUUUAAGGACAUCAUCAGGGAGCAUGCCCUUCCCUUCCUUCCCGCCAAAUCACUUUGUAAAUUCAGAGCUGUUUGUAGGGACUGGAGACUUCAGAUUUCAACUCCAUUUUUUGCCCAUAAUCAGUCACUUUAUUGUCGCAGUACAUCAGGCUUCUUUCUCCAGACUCCUGGGGGUUCUCCUUCUCUCGUACCCAUUGACGCAAACUCUUGUGGGGUGCCAGAUCAAUUCCUUAGGUUUUUGCCUGAGCCUGUUGAUAUUAAAUCCUCCUCUAAUGGACUGCUUUGCUGCCAAGGUCGUGAAGGCGACAAGGCCUACUAUAUAUGUAAUCCCCUUACUCAGCAGUGGAAGAAACUUCCAAAAUCAAAUGCUAAUCAUGGACCAGAUCCAGCAAUUGUGCUCUUAUUUGAACCAUCGUUGCUCAACUUUGUAGCUGAGUACAAAAUUAUUUGUGCUUUUCCAUCCACAGAUUUUGGCGAGGCAACUGAAUUUGAUAUAUAUUCCUCCAGAGAGGAUUCUUGGGAAAUUGCUGGGGAGAUCUGCUUUGGAGCUAGAACAGUAAUGCCAAAAUCAGGGGUUCAUGUGAAUGGCGUUGUGUACUGGAUGACAACUAGUAGUAUUCUUGCUUUUGAUCUAACAAAGGAGAGGUCACAGGUACUUCAAGGCUACGACACUCGUGGGAUCUUGGGGACUUUUGGUGGAAAGCUCUGUAAGGUUAAUGUCAUUGGUACUUCAUUCAAGUUAAACAUUUUGGUUAAUACCCAUACAAAUACAAUGCAAAUGGGAAGCAGAAGCAGAAUGUGGUCCGAGACACAGUCGGUUGUGCUUGACAGUAAAAUUGUCGGGGAUGUAGCAAGGGAAUACUCAGUUUUACAUGUUGACAAUGAGAUAAUGGUGGUUCAGGUUGGUGAAAGGACAUAUUCAUACAACUUCAAGUCCCGUGCAACAAAAGAGCUGACCAGUCGAGCUAAUAGUCAUUCUCGGUGCUUGCCCUAUGUCAACAGCCUAGUCGCCCUCUAAUCUGCCUUGGCUGCGGUAGAAGGUUCGUUGUUUGGAGCUGCAAUUAGUUUAUUGGGGAAAACAAGCCUUGCCUUUUCAGAUGAUUGCUUGUCCUGAGGAAAUUAUAUAUUGUUUAUGCUGUGUUACAAUCUCUUAUAGCCACCAUUGGGCCUUCUAUAUUUCAUUAGUUUUUCUUCGAUAUGGUACUCAGUUUUCCUCAGCUACUAUCUUUGAAGAUCUUAUUCGAACUCAGUAACUGCGUAAUUUAAUUUCUUGUCUUUUCUAA